AUGGACAAGCUCAUUUCAGAACUGCUGAUAUUACACGAAGACGAGUAUUGGUCUAAUUUUUUGAAAAAUAUGCAAAUGGAUGAAAAAACCUAUCGGAAGGUUAAAAACCUUAGCGGAGUUAAACGGCAAUAUGAUUUACCGGAGUUGAUUGAUGAAGAGGGUUGUCUGGUAGAAUCUAACUUCCAGAAAAUCAACAAAUUAGCUGAUAGAUUCGAGCAAGUACAUUCUCAAAAUUUAAGUGUAGGUUCUGUGGCGCAUACUCAGUAUGUCAAAAAUGAAAUUGAGAAUAUUACAGGAUACACUCCAUUUUUCAAUUUCAAUAAAUCAUUUUUAGCAAAUGGUUUGUCUUCAACAAGCGGAAAUGAGGAAGCAGCUUUAAAAGCUGAAUACAAGCAGUUCAUAUCCUUAUAUAAGCAGCGCACUUUGAGUUUACUAGCAGUUAAGGGAAAGGCAAAGUCUCGUUCCAACCGUGCUGGUCUUCAAUUUCCCGUUGGUCGUAUUCAUCGCUUGUUACGCAAAGGCAACUAUGCUGAACGUGUUGGUGCCGGCGCUCCAGUUUAUCUAGCUGCUGUUAUGGAAUAUUUGGCGGCUGAAGUACUUGAAUUGGCUGGUAAUGCUGCUCGUGAUAACAAAAAGACCAGAAUCAUUCCACGUCAUUUACAAUUGGCCAUCCGCAAUGAUGAGGAAUUGAAUAAACUUCUGCCUGGUGUAACUAUUGCUCAAGGUGGUGUUUUGCCUAACAUUCAAGUUGUACUUUUGCCCAAGAAAAUCGAAAAGAAAGCAUAAAUUGCACAUUGUAGU